AUUACAACCACAGAGCAGGAGACUUUCUGACACAGUUUAUAGCAGUGUCAAAGGAUAUGUAAUAUAAUUAGCUUUGAACUGCAUGUUGCUCUUAAAAAUGUUUCACCAAGCAAUGUAUAUUUGCCUUCAUUCUCAUUGUUUGAACAUGACUCUUUUAAGCCAUUUUUCCAUAAAUGUAGGUAUAAUUUUUUAAAAGCACUAAAUUUGGCACUGUGUUCUAAUGUCAUAAAUCUGGAGUAACUCCAGGGGGAUGGGAUUGUGAGCCACUUACAUGGGUGUAUAUCUCAAAUAACUCCAUUUAUUGGAUUUAAUCCAGGCAUGUAGUAGAGUAACCGAGCUCAGAAAGUGAUCUGCUGCAUAUCACUGUUAUUUUCUCUAUAUUGCUUUUCAUGGCAAAAAGCACUGUGGGCUUAAAUAGGAUUUUUGCCUGAUUAAGGAGCUGCAUUAAGUGUCUAUAGAAGUGGGUAACACCCCUACUCCAGUCACUAAUCUUGGGUGCACUGACACUAAUAUUGAACUUGGCCUGGAGGAUUUUGAGUCUCAGUGAUGAGAAAUCAUCAGCACCCACAGCUCCUGAGUGUUUGUAGUACCAGGCUGGAACGUAAAGCAAUCCAGAAAUAUAUCAGUAAAAUAGAUAUUUUAAUCACUCUGAUGGUAAAGCACUGGAGCUGGAGGAGGCAGCAAUGAGAAAUGCCUGUUGGUGGUUCAGCUGUUGUGGUGACAGGCAGUGGCGGUCUUGGUUUGGUGUGAUGAGUUUGCAGGUCUCAGCCUGCCUGCUGAGCAGGAGUGUUUCUUCUUGGAGGAGUGAGGGGACAGGGUAUUUGCAGGCAAUUUCCUGCACUGAAGUGCAACUUCUCAGUGCCUCAGCUAACUUGCCCUUCUGGUUAGGAAGGAAUAUCCUCUGCUCGGUGCGGCCACCUCUGUUCUGAGGAGGUGUCUUGAAAUAGAAGAGCUUGUUAGGAGGACUGGCUGGAGAGAGUGGAAUAGUCACGAGCAGGACAGCUCCUGUAGUGUGAGCUUUUGUGUGCUGCAUGCUGCUUAUACAUAUUUUAUUGUAAGACAAAUUACCUGUGUGACUAAGAGUGUUAGAAAGUAAUUAUUUUCAAAAAGGCAAUAUAUACAUAGUUUAAAAAACUUUUCUGAAAAAUAAACAGUGCAACUUUUCUUUUCUAGACUGAUUGAAUCUAUUUGGAAAGGUUGAAAAAACUAGUUUUAAAAGACAUUUGCAAGAGACAUGGAAUCUCACUUAACAAAAUUUUUUUAUGUAAUAGAUCCAGUGGCCUAGUUUCCCAUUAAUUAAGAAAAUAGACACUUGAAUGCAGUCACUUGAAAAGUGACUAAAGAUUUAAACAUUAGAAUUUUAAAGUAAUUGUCUUAGUAAUAUGUCUAGUAAAACAAAAUCAAGGCCUAAUUUUUCCCCUUUCUGAGGUUUAGCGGCGCAUCUUAGCAGAUGACAGUCAGGAUUGUCAUUGUUCAUAUGCACACUGCUUUUGUUGUGGUGUACUAAUUGAGGGGGAAAUGCAAUAAAAAAAAGUGUGGCAGGCUGUAAAGGAAGUGCUUCUCAGGAUUGCAUAGAUGGUCUGAAGCACUGGCUGGCUGCAAACCUACUCCAGCGUGCGAGGCAGCUGCCGCUGGUGAUGCUUGAGAGAAGUCAGGCUGUGUGACAGCCUCAGCUAUAACCACACGGGUUGUGAGUGAUUUGCUUGUUCUGGAAAACUGUGCAGGUAUGGUGUGUACAAUUCAGAGAGUGCAGAUAACAGAUUUACUUGUAGGUCUCUUCUGAGACUGCUGUAACCAACUCUGCGUUAACAGAUAAAGAUAUAAUUAGAACAAGAAAGAGAAGUAUGGCAGGCUUGGCACAGGUAAAUAUUUCAUUGCACAAAACUGACUUGCUAUGUUCCAGUGACUUCAAUAGCCUAGGCUUUGCAAAAUGAAAAUCCUGUCCUCAUCCUUUUAUUUUACUUUUAAGCAAGACUCCAAAUGUGGUAAAUAAAUAAACAGGUAUUCGGUCAAGGGCACAGUAUUUUGAAGUCUUAUUCAGUGGUUCACAUUCCUUAUAUGAGAAAAUUGAAGAUUUUUACAUGGUUUUGGCUGAAGUGAUGCAUGACUAACAUUUUAGAAUGUAAGAAGCUUUGCAGAUUCCUGAUUUUUGCAAAAAGACUACAACUAGAUCCAUGACCGUAACUCCUUUUUGAUCUCAGUGCAUGUGCUGAGAAUGUAAUGCUUCAUGGCUUUCUUUUUCUUUCAAAGCUGUAGUCUGAAGUGGUUGUACAACACAUGCAAAUCUGUAUGUCUGCAUUGGUCCCAGUCUGCAAAGUUACUUUAGUAGAUGUCCCAGUGAGGGUUUUGCUGAAUGAGGAUUGAUUAAAGAACCCAUCUAGAGUUAAGUAUGCGUGUAAAUCCUUCCCUAAAUAAGAACAAGUAAGUAUGCUCAUAAACUGAAACAACAGAAAUGAUUCUCAGUGAGGGAGAAAUGGUCCCACUAAAUCCUUUUAUUGUACCAAGGGUGAUAAAAAUAUUUGGUGAGAUUCCAAGUGAAAACCCCAAAUGUAUUUUAGAGGUGAUGUCAGCAGAAGUUCAGUGCUGGUUCUUCAUGAUUUUACUGGGCAAAAUCACAGAAAAAAAUUAAAAACUACAUUGUUAAAGUUUUUCUUUGUUUAUAUUUUUUGGGAAUUUACAGUAGUAGGCAUCAACUGUAGCAUGCCACCUUUAAUGACAAAAUAGUGUACAAGGUAAAGUCACAUUUCAAUGGGUGAUUAUUUUUCACCUAGUAGUAGUAAUUGCAGCACUACGUUUUCAGAAUGCUGCUGCUUCUCAAAUAAAAUAUAUUCUGUUGGCAGUGAAGACAGUCAUCUCCACUUGCUUAUGAUUCUUCACCUCAUUAAGAUCACAUUUAGGAAAAGAGCACUCUGAAUAAAUGGGCUCUGCUCUCUACUGGAUGAGCUCUGUCUGCAGAAUUAAAUCUAUGGUUUAUUUGUGCUUGAGUAAUAGUAAAAGCAGCCUCUCUCAGUCUUCAUUGGGAUAUCUUAGUGUGUUGUAAAUGACUGUAAAUGUUGACUCUUAACUGUGUUUUUGUUUCUCUUUAUUUUGGUUUCCAUCUCCUCAACUCCUGGAUCAACAGUCACAUUGCAGGCCAAGCCAGAUGGGCAAGCAAUACAAGCUGUGAAUUUAUUCUUGACCCCGUAGGACAGUGACCACCAUCAUUUUUUUCUUCACCCUACAGUUAUGCACUGCCAAUAAGUGAAAAGGUCAAGAGAAGUAGUAGCUGAAUUUUUCUGAAGUGCUUUACAGCAGGGAAAGUGGGGAAACCUCUUAAAGUGGUGUCUUAUUCAAUCCUGGAGCACAGGGAAAGAGUUUUAAUGCAAAAUACCAGAAAAAAAAGUCUGCAACAUCUCCUGUGAGCGGGGGGAGAAAAGGAGAUUAACAAUUGCAUCUUGAAACACGCAUGAUUUGAGGCCAUAUGUGUCCUUUGAACUCUGAAGAAGCUGUGCCAAAAGGAAGCCUUCUCCUCCCCUCCUCCCAUCGCGGAGCCGCUCUUAGAUAAUUGCAAUUAGUAGACAAUGCGGAGCGAACCCAAAUGUGAAGUCUAUGGCUCUACCUUACUUUAUUUGAAAGAGGAAAGCCAGUGAGGACCUGUGAACAAUCCAGCAGCUUCUGAAAAAUCUUCAUGCUAAAGGAUAAUCCAGAAUUCCCUGAAGAAGAACAAAGUGAAUGUUAAUCCAGAGGAGCUGUCGGAGGAUCGUGCUCACAGGGAGAUGAUUCCUCAUGAAGUCACUGGAUCCCCUGCAGAAAUCAAAUGUGACUUUCCGUUUAUCAGACUGAAAUCAGAGCCAGCCAGACAGUGAAGCAAGCACAGUGGAGGGGGGACGGCGAAAGAUGAAAUCCAACCAAGAGAGGAGCAAUGAAUGCUUGCCACCUAAGAAGCGAGAAAUCCCUGCCACCAGCCUGCCUUCGGAGGUGAAGCCGGUCCUGCCAAACGAAAACCACCGUGCAGAUAACCUGGCAUGGCUCCCCAGCACACCCAGUGGCCAGGGCUGCCUGGGGGGCCGGCACCGGCCCGGGGGCACCUCCUCGGUGGAGGCAGGCUUGCAGCAGGGUUUGCACAAGUCACUGUCUGCAGGGAUGGACUAUUCCCCGCCGAGCGCGCCCAGGUCUGUUCCGGCCUCUACCACUCUUCCCACGGUGUACUCGCCUGCCCUCUCCCAGUCAGGGACCCCUGUUUCCCCCGUGCAGUACACUCACCUGCAGCACACCUUCCAGUUCGUCGGGCCCCAGUACAGUGGAUCGUACACCGGAUUCAUCCCUUCGCAGCUGAUCUCCCCAACAGCCAAUUCUGCGACCGGCGCCGUGGCGGCAGCCACUGCCGUUGCAACCACUCCAUCCCAGCGCUCCCAGCUGGAGGCUUAUUCCACUUUGCUGGCUAGCAUGAGCGGCUUAAGCCAGCAGGGGCACAAAGUUGAGCCGCACCUGGUCAGGACGCCUGGACUGAUCGCUGCUGGGUCUCCUCCGCCCACCCAGCAGAACCAGUACGUCCACAUUUCCAGCUCUUCCCAGAGCACUGUCAGAAAUGUCUCUCCUCCAACCAUCCCAGUCCCCCUGCACCCACAUCAGACAGUGAUCCCACACACACUCACCCUUGGCCCUUCCUCCCAAGUGGUGGUGCAGUACACUGACUCGGGGGGCCACUUUGUCACCAGGGAUGCCCCCAAGAAACCCGAGAGCAGCCGGCUGCAGGCGAUGCAGGCCAAGGAGGUACUGAACGGCGAGAUAGAGAAGAGCCGGAGGUACGGCAUUUCGCCUUCUGCCGACAUGGGUCUAGUCAAAGCAGGCAAUAAACCAGCUCCCCAUCACUAUGACACCAGGCACGUGGUGGUCCACUCGAGCCCCGCUGAGUAUGGCGUGCGGGAUUCCUCAGGUGUCCGAGCCUCUGUCAUGGUGGUCCCCAACAGUGGCACGCCCACGGCGGACAUGGAGGUGCAGCAAGCCGCCAACCGUGAGACCUCUCCUUCAGCCCUCAAUGACAAGGGAAGUUUGCACUUAGGAAAGCCAACCCACCGGUCCUAUGCCUUGUCUCCGCAGCAGGCUCUGGGCCAUGAGGGGGUGAAGGCGGUGGCCACGCUGUCCCCUCACACCGUCAUUCAGACCACCCACAGCGCCUCUGAGCAACUCCCUGUGGGGCUGCCAGCGACAGCUUUCUACACCGGCACCCAGCCACCGGUGAUCGGCUACCUGAGCGGCCAGCAGCAAGCCAUCGGCUACCCCGGCAGCCUGCCGCAGCACCUGGUGAUCCCGGGCACACAGUCCCUGCUGAUUCCGGUCGGCAGCGCGGACGUCGAGCCGUCGGGAGUCACGCCCGCAAUCGUCACGUCGUCUCCUCAGUUUGCAGCAGUGCCUCACACGUUCGUCACCACCGCCGUCCCCAAGAGCGAGAACUUCAGCGCGGAGCCCCUCACCACCCAGCCUGCCUACCAGGCCACCAUGGUGCAGGCGCAGAUCCACCUGCCCGUGGUGCAGUCCAUCGCCUCCCCUGCCGCCGCGCCCCUCACGCUGCCCCCUUACUUCAUGAAGGGGUCGAUCAUCCAGCUGGCCAACGGGGAGCUGAAGAAAGUGGAGGACUUGAAAACAGAAGACUUCAUUCAGAGUGCGGAAAUCAGCAACGACCUGAAAAUAGAUUCCAGCACUGUGGAGAGGAUCGAAGACAGCCAUAGCCCGGGCAUCGCUGUCAUACAGUUUGCCGUGGGGGAGCAUCGAGCACAGGUCAGCGUGGAAGUCUUGGUAGAAUACCCUUUUUUUGUAUUUGGACAAGGCUGGUCAUCGUGCUGCCCUGAAAGAACCAACCAGCUCUUUGAUUUGCCAUGCUCCAAACUCUCAGUGGGGGACGUCUGCAUAUCGCUCACACUCAAGAACCUGAAGAACGGCUCUAUUAAAAAGGGCCAGCCCAUGGACUCAGCUAGUAUCUUGCUGAAGCAUUCAAAGAAUGACAGUCUAGCUGGAAGUAGACACAGGUAUGCGGAGCAGGAAAACGGGAUUAAUCAGGGAAGCGCACAGAUGUUAGCUGAGAACGGUGAACUGAAGUUUCCGGACAAAAUAGGAUUGCCUGCAGCACCUUUGCUCACCAAAACAGAACCCAGCAAGCCCCCAGCAACAAGGAAGAGGAGGUGGUCGGCCCCCGAAACACGAAAACUAGAGAAAUCAGAAGAGGAGCCACCUUUGACUCUUCCCAAGCCUUCUUUUAUUCCUCAGGAGGUUAAGAUUUGCAUUGAAGGUCGAUCCAACGUAGGAAAGUAAAAGUUGUUUGGGGAAAGGAAAUUAGGCUAUCCCUUGUCAUUUUUAUCCAGAUUACUGUACUGUAGACUAAAUAACCCAGUAUUUACAUGUUAUCAUCUUAUUUUAGGUUUAUGUUAUAACCUUGUUGUUAUAGUUGCAGCUGGUAUUAUGCAGGAGACUGGUGCAUAUGUUUUUCCACAAGUGUUUGUCAGUGACUAGGUUUAUCGAGAGCUACAGAAGGGGCAGUAUCUGCUUCACACACCCUUAGUGGAAAUGAAUGUGUUGUCAUGGCUCCUGUUUUCUAACACCUCGUGUAGGACAGGGUCCAGCUGUGAUUUUGUUUUCUUUUCAUCGCUUUGUGUUUGUUUUGUUGUUCUGGUUCCUGUUCUAGUUUUUUUGUGGGGAGGUGAGGAGAAGGGAACUGUAGCAGAGGUGUGUGUCAAACAUGGGGUGCGUGUGCGUGUGGGUGUGUGGGUGUGGAUGCGUGCCAGCUCUCUGGCGGGUCAGUGAUGAGGUUUCCUCAUCCCACGUGGAUGCUGAGGACACAACCAACCCUUGGGUGUGUUACUGAAAAGGAUCAGACAGUCUCUGAUGUUUUCAACAACAAGCCAACUCUUACU